UCGAUCACCUUUUUUUUUUGUUUACCUGUUUAUACGUUUACAAUUUGUUUAUACUAUUACCAUACGCGUAUUUUCAUCUAACGUCGUUUAACUCCGCGAACCUAAUGAACUUUUUUAAUCCUGUUCUCCUUUCCAUCUUGAUACUGCUGGAUUCCUCUAACGGUCGCAAAAUUCCGGGGAAGAAACAUCGUGGCAUUAAGGAUCCAGAGAAACAGCGUGCUAGACGAUUAGCCGAGUUAGAAACGAAAAUAAAUGCACCGCCGAAGGAUGUCCGGGAACAAGCGAUACCGAAAAGUUUGGAAAAACUUAUUAGGCUUAAGGAAGCUGUGAAAUCAGGUAGAAUAAAUAAAGUGAAGAAAUCAAGGAAAAAGAAGAAAAAUAGAUUGAUAUGCGUGGGCGGUGAGAAACCAAAAUCGGUGCAUCCUAAAUCAAAACCGGAAAAAGCGGUUCCAAUAUUUCAACAAAAACCUGGAGAAAGUCAUAACAAAUUUUUGUAUCGUGUUAGUCAAGAAACUCAUGCGUUUAUCAAUGAAACUGCCUUCGAAAAAAAGUACAAUGUCCUUGUAAAUAGAAAUACUGAGACCGGAGAAGUAGAGGGUUUAUCCAAACAGCCUAAGGAUGAGUUGGACGAGUUAGAAAAGUUAAGAGCGAAACAUAAAAAUAUUAAAAAAAAGAAGAAGGUUAAGGAAGAGGAAGGUGAUAUGAAUCUUACCAAAUCACAAAAGAGAAGACAGAAGUUACAGAUUAAGAAAAAAAAAAAGGAGGAAGAUUUGAUCGACAAUUUUCAAACUUUUCAAGAUGAAGUUCAAUUUGGAGAAACAGUGCAUGCACCUCCUGUAUUAAUUACAAAACCGAGAAAAGCUGUGGUGGCAGAUAGCGUCAAGCCAGGAAAGAGAAAUUUGCUUCUAAAUUCAUUAUUCACAAAGAACGAUUCAUCCAAUAAUAAUUCCACAAAAUCAGUCAUCAUUGAUAGAUCCGGUAAACGUAAAAAUCUACCAGCUAGUGAAAGGAGACAACUAGAAAAAGAACAGAGUAGUGUAAUUGCAGCAUACAGACAGUUGAAAGCUAAGCGAUCUGCUGAUGUUGAUACUUAGGGUACGUAUUUAAAUAUAUAUAUAUAUAAAAAAAA